GUGAGGUGCUGGGCGUUUGCCUCCUGUGCUAUCGAGUCCCGGGUCUGAGGCAGUCCAGGCAUCGCUGGAGGAGGAGCCCCCUAGCCGAAGUUGCUAUCUGGCGAGGUCUUUAGGGAGACCUCCGCCUGCGGAGCGGGACCGGAACUCCCGAGGCCUGGGCGAGGUCAGCCUGCUAUAGACUCUGCCCAUCCUCAGGGAGAAGAGCCCAGAAAAAAAACAUGGCUACCAAACAAGGGGAAACAAGGCCUCAGGUGUUGGUGACAUUCGAGGAUGUGGCUGUGCUCUUUACACGGGAUGAGUGGAGAAAGCUGGGUCCUUCUCAGAGAAACUUAUACCAGGAUGUGAUGCUGGAGAAUUACAAUAACUUGGUCUCAUUGGGACUCCCAUUUUCUAAACCGAAAGUGAUCUCCCUGUUGCAGCAAGGAGAAGAUCCAUGGAAGGUAGAGAAAGAAAGUCCUGGAGGUGCCUGUCAAGGAUGGAAGAGCAGCCAUAAAAUCACAAAGUCAAAACAAAUACAAGAUUCUUCACUUCAGGAGUUGGUAAUGAAAAGCUCCAAUAGGAAUGGACGCUGGGACUUCAACAAAUCAGAAAAACUCUGUAUAUAUGAAGACAGAUUGGAAAAAAAAGGAAGUAUCCAGAUAGUUUCAGUUACCAACAAAAAAUUUCUCAUUGUAGAAAGAAGACAUAAAAAUAUUGAAGUUGACCAGAACUUCAGCCCAAAGUCCGACCUUGUUAGGCAACAGAUAGUUCCCAGACAAAAAACACCACCAAAAGGUGAACUACAAGGAAAUAGUUUCAAGCAGAAUUCAGAUUUACUUAUUCAGCCAAAAAUCAGCAUAGCAGAGAAACGCUAUAAAUGUAGUAUUUGUGAGAAGACCUUCACUAACACAUCAUCCCUUCGUAAACAUGAAAAAAACCAUAGUGGAGAGAAAUUAUUUAAAUGUAAAGAAUGUUCAAAAGCCUUUAACCAAAGUUCAGCCCUUAUUCAACAUCAAAUAACUCAUACUGGAGAGAAACCCUACAUAUGUAAAGAAUGUGGGAAAGCCUUCACUCUUAGUACAUCCCUUUAUAAGCAUUUAAGAACACAUACUGUGGAGAAAUCCUAUAGAUGUAAAGAAUGUGGUAAAUCUUUUGGCCGAAGGUCAGGCCUUUUUAUACAUCAGAAAAUCCAUGCUGGAGAAAACCCCUACAAGUACAAUCCAGGCAGGAAGUCGUCUCUUCCUGGAUGUCAGAGAAUUCACUCCAGAAAGAAGUCCUAUUUGUGUAAUGAAUGUGGCAAUACCUUUAAAUCUAGCUCAUCCCUUCGUUAUCACCAGAGAAUACAUACUGGAGAAAAGCCUUUUAAAUGCAGUGAAUGUGGGAGAGCCUUCAGUCAAAGUGCAUCUCUAAUUCAACAUGAAAGAAUACACACUGGAGAAAAACCCUAUAGAUGUAAUGAAUGUGGUAAAGGUUUCACUUCUAUUUCACGACUUAAUAGACACCGUAUAAUUCAUACUGGUGAGAAGUUUUAUAACUGUAAUGAAUGUGGUAAAGCCUUAAGUUCCCACUCAACACUUAUUAUACAUGAAAGAAUUCAUACUGGAGAGAAACCAUGUAAAUGUAAAGUGUGUGGGAAAGCUUUCAGACAAAGUUCAGCUCUUAUUCAACAUCAGAGAAUGCAUACUGGAGAAAGACCCUAUAAGUGUAAUGAGUGUGGGAAAACAUUCAGGUGUAAUUCAUCCCUCAGUAAUCAUCAGAGAAUUCAUACUGGAGAAAAACCAUAUCGUUGUGAGGAAUGUGGGAUAUCUUUUGGCCAAAGUUCAGCUCUUAUUCAGCAUCGAAGAAUUCAUACUGGAGAAAAACCCUUUAAAUGUAAUACAUGUGGGAAAACUUUUAGACAAAGCUCAUCACGCAUUGCCCAUCAGAGAAUUCAUACUGGAGAGAAACCUUAUGAAUGUAAUACAUGUGGGAAACUUUUCAACCACAGGUCAUCCCUAACUAAUCAUUAUAAAAUUCAUAUUGAGGAGAACCCUGAAUAGAUUUGCAUGUUUGAAAGCCUUAAACUGAAGUUCAUCUGAAUACAUUAAGAAUGAUGUAGAAAGUGUAACAGAUAUGAAAAAACCUAUAAUUUAGUUCUCACAGGUAAUAAUUCCGAAGGUAUCUCUUUACUAUAUAAUAGAACAUGAGGAAAGUGUUCAUUCCUGUUAGAACCUUUCUAAAAUAACCUGAAAUGAAGAAUUUCACAAAUGAAGGCAUUGACUUUGGGAAUUUGUAAAAAUUUUUAUAGCAUUUUAACAUAUAGAAGAUUUGGUCAGAGGAAUUAUACAUUUUUAGAGAAAAGGAUCAAAUAAAAAUGAUUUAAAAUGAACUGUUAACUACCUCACAAUUUCUGGGGUUAGUCCUUUUCCUGACCCACUGUCAAAUUUUGUGCAUGGAUUUCACUUAAAAGUAGUAAUAAAAGUCUACUCUUUUGUUCUUUUGUAGUAGCGUGAACUAGUAAUGUUAUAUCUAAUUCCUAAUACUGGAAUUUUUUUCUCUGGGUUUGUUAUGAAAAGA